AUUUUCAAUCAGGCACAAGUUGGGCAAGCCUCACUUGAGGGAAACAUUUGGGGUCCUUUUACUUCACGUGCGCAUCGCGGGGAGCAACCAUGCCUAAGUCGAAGAGGGACAAGAAAAUUUCUUUGACGAAAACAGCCAAGAAGGGACUCGAGUCCAAACAGAAACUAAUAGAGGAGUUACGGAAAUGUGUCGAUACCUACAAAUAUUUGUUCAUCUUCUCUGUGGCUAACAUGAGGAAUAAUAAACUGAAGGACAUCAGGACAGCCUGGAAACACAGCAGAUUUUUUUUUGGAAAAAACAAAGUCAUGAUAAUUGCUAUUGGGAAAGGAGAAACCGACGAAUAUAGGGACAACUUAUGCCAGGUCAGCAAGCAUCUCCGAGGUGAGGUGGGAGUGCUUUUCACGAAUAAAACUAAGGAGGAAGUGCAAGAGUAUUUCAGUCAUUACAGAGAGACGGAUUAUGCUCGGUCAGGAAAUCGGGCUCAGAUGGAUGUAACUCUGGACGAGGGUCCUUUGGAGCAGUUCACUCACUCCAUGGAGCCUCAGCUGAGGCAGCUGGGCCUCCCCACUACGCUCAAGAAGGGUGUGGUCACACUAUUAAAGGACUACACGGUCUGCAAAGCCGGCGAUGUCCUCACCCCUGAACAGGCUCGUAUUCUGAAAUUGUUGGGUAUCGAGAUGGCAGAGUUCCGAGUGACAAUCAAAUGCAUGUGGAGCUCUGAAACGGGCGCUUUUGAGAUCUUGGAGGGCGAGGAAGAGCCUAUGCAGGACAACAAAGAGAUUGGAGAAGAGGAUGGAGAUUGAAAUAAGACUGUGCAGGUUUUUGUUUGUUUCUUCAUCUUGUUUUUAAUUUUUAAACCUCACAUCGGGAUUUUGAAAUCAUCUGCACCCCCCAAUCCCAAA